UUUUUAUUUAUUUUUCCCCCCUCCUCGCCUUUCCUUCUUACUCCUUUCUAGCAUCGGGGUGGUGGUGCUGCAGCUGCAGUAGAAGAAGGGUGAUCAGUGGGUAGGUAGGUACAGUUGGGUGCACAGGCAGACUGUAAAGCAUCAGGGGAUUCCCUUCGCAGCCUCACCGCAUAGGAAAGUGUUUCUUUAGUGCUCCAGGGCUGCGCUGGGAUAAGGAUGCAAAUGUGCAGGGGACGUAUGCUGGGGAUCUCAGUGGCCAUAGCACAUGGGGUGUUCUCAGGUUCUCUGAACAUCCUGCUCAAGUUUCUCAUCAGCAAGUAUAAUUUCUCCUUCCUCACCCUAGUGCAAUGUAUGACCAGCUCCACCGCAGCCAUCACCUUAGAAGUUCUCAGACGCUGUGGCAAGAUCUCGGUGCCCCCAUAUGGCUUGAGUCUAGCUCGGGUGUUCGCUGGGGUCACCAUCCUUUCCACUCUGCAGUCCAGCCUCACCCUGUGGUCCUUAAGGGGGCUCAGUCUUCCCAUGUAUGUGGUCUUCAAGCGAUGUCUGCCUUUCGUGACUCUCUUAAUUGGAGUACUGGUGCUAAGGAACGGGAUCCCUUCCAUAGGAGUCUUGGUGGCUGUCUUCAUCACCACCUGUGGUGCUGCUUUGGCAGGUGCUGGUGACUUGAGUGGCGAACCUGUAGGCUACAUAACUGGAGUGCUCGCUGUACUAGUUCAUGCCGCUUACCUAGUAAUUAUACAGAAGACUAGUACAGAUAGUGAUCAUGGACCUCUUACCGCCCAGUACAUCAUUGCCAUUACAGCAACACCUGUGCUCAUUAUCUGUUCUUUUGCCAGUAUGGACAUGAUCAAUGCAUGGUCAUUCCCUGGUUGGAAAGACCCGACCAUGGUCUGCACUUUCGUUGCAUGCACCCUGAUUGGGUGUGCUAUGAAUUUUACUACACUGCAUUGUACUUAUAUAAACUCAGCAGUUACUACAAGUUUUGUUGGUGUGGUGAAGAGCAUUGCCACCAUUACCGUUGGUAUGCUUGCAUUUAGUGAUGUGGAACCCACAUCACUGUUCAUUGUGGGUGUGGUUGUCAACACUUUUGGAUCUAUCAUCUACUGUGUGGCUAAGUAUUUUGAAACAAGGCGGCAGAUCAAUUAUGAAGAUUUGGAAAAGGAUGCUAUGAAGGAUGAAAAGGAAGAGCAGGAUGGACAGCAUCCUCCAUUUGCAAUGGAAGAAAUAAUACAGGAAAAAAGCACAGAAGGACAGCCACAAGAAAAGCAACCUGUAGAGACAGAAAAUAAUCAUGUUGAAGAAAAGAACAGCACAUUGGCUUCAGUAUUGCAAUCACAUGGCCCAACUGGGCCUCCUGAUGGUGACAGUAGAAGUUCAUUACGAGAUGCAUAUCUUGGAGUAUGGCGGAUGGUCAGGGGCACUCGAUUUUUUAAAAAAGAUUACCUUAUAGAAAAUGAGGAACUUCCUAGUCCUUGAUAUUAUAUUUGAGAUAACUUAUAUAGAAGGAAAUUAUCUUUUGUAUGUGCUAAGGAGGGAUACAUAUAAAUGUAUAUUAUAAGGCAACAAUUUGUCACAAUUUGUUAUAUUAAGUUAAAUUUCAUUUGCAUCAUAUCCAUGAUGCAAAUGAUAUCUAUAAUGCAUAUAUAUAAAAUGACAUAGUCUUGAUCUUUAUGAUCUAUUGUAGAGAAUGUGGUCUCAUAUUAAUUUUCAACAAACAUGACUGAUAUCAGCAUUCCAUUAUUACAUUUUAUAGUCUUCCUGCUAAGACAACAUAAGAAACAAAGUAUGCAUUUUCUGUGUCAUAUGAAACAGGAAAUUGGGGCAGGAAAGGUGGUUAUUUAAAUUCCUAACUUAAUUGUACAUGUGCUGCUCCCAGGAGCCAAUACUCAUUGUAGAGCUCACUCUUGCUGUAUGUACAUAUAACAUAGGCAGGUACCCCUUUAUUCAUUGAUAAAAAACUAUUUACACAGGUUUUGCAGCUGUUAAAAUGAUAUGCCACUGAUUAAAUCUAAAUAAGGAUAGCUGAAACUGCCCAUAGACAUAAUAUGAUUGUCAUUUGACACAGUAAAGGUUGGACUGGGAAAUCAUUCAACGGGGUCGUACACACGACCGAGAAACUCGAUA